AUGCCAUCUAUUCUAUCAAUUAUUUGGAACAACAAGUUCAACCUCCUCCCCCUUCCAGCAUCCAAUACUUUUUUUGAAGGAAAAUCCAUUCUUGUUACUGGUGCAACAUCGGGAGUAGGUUAUGUAAGUGCAGAAUGUUUUGUCAAACUGGGUACAAAAUCUGUGAUCACAAGCGGAAGAUCGCUUGCGAAAGGGGAACUGGCAAAGGCUAGGAUAGAAGAUGAGACGAGUACGAUAGGAAAGAAUAUUGUAAGAUUCAUAGAUGUGAAUGAAUUCGCAGGGAAAGUAACAAAGGAUAUUCAAGUGAUCGACUUCGUGUGUUUGAAUGCUGGGGCUAUUUCCGCUAAACACAUAUUAGGCAAGGAAGGAUAUGAAACUAUGAUGAACGUUCUUGGAACUUCUUCCUUGGCGUCACUACUAAAAUUGGAAGAGGAAAUGCUUAUUUGGGCAUAUAUGUACUGUAGUGAUAUCAAUCAAGGCACAAGGCCAUUGACGAGGGUACAGUACCGGUGUAACAAUGGGUGUAAUGAUCAAUUUGUGGAUGGGUCUUAUCUGCGUCCUCGCGGCUCACUCCUUCAUUGGAACAUGGCGCACAUUACACAAAUUGUGAGACGGGGGAAAAGCAUAAGAAAACUUAUUUGCAGUAGUUCUGCGGAGCAUAACAUCUUUGGAGAGGAGGGCCAAGAAAUGCAGUCGCAAGUUUGGAAAGAGAUGUUAGGAAUUAUGGAUAAAAAGUGUCCAGCCGCGGUCGAGAGGAUGAAUAGUUGA